AUGGAAGAUAAUUUUUUGAAAAUUUAAAAGGAGCCAGAUAAUGGAACAGAAAUUAAGAUUAUUGAAUCAUCUCAACUAUCUAUUGAUCAACCUUAAAAAUAACAAUACGCAUUAUCAAUAAUUAAUAAUGAAAAACCAAAAAAAAAAUGUUAUCUUUGUAGAGAUGGAGAAAACUUUUGCUGGGGAGGCUUUCUAUUAACUAUUCCUGUGCUAUUGUUUUCAGUGUAUAUUUUUAUUCAUUUUCGAUAUUGCUGGCUGACAAUUUAUUUAACUAUUCUUUGGUUUUUUCCAAUAAUAGUUAGUUUAAUCUUAGUGUAUAUUUUUUCUUGGCACAAUACUGAAAAAAAAAAGAACAUUUUGAGAGAAAGGCUUUUGCCUAAUUGA